UCUUAUCACUGGCGAAAUCAUGGCCGCCUCUAAUCGACCAGUGAUAACGCUCCUGCGCUUCUGAAACGACGCGCGUGAUUACAAUCGGACUGAAGAAAUAAUAACUUUCAUGCUUCUGCCACAAAAUGAGUUGAUUUUUAACUGUGAUGGUGGACUCAGUUCCGUGAGUGACGAUGGGAGUGCCGAUGGUGAAGAGGUGCUGCUGCUGCAGCCUGCAGGCGGGCACGCUCAUCAUUGGAUGUUUAUACACGAUAUGGGCGCUCUUGGAGCUAACAAUCUACUGCCUCAUGGUGACCCUGUGGCCAUUAGGCGACGAGAGGAAUAAUGGUUCCGUGUCAGUGCACAAAUUCGUGUUGUACGUCACUGCGGCCGUCGUCAGCGGCGUCCACCUCUUGUGUUCAUUGCUACUCAUCCUAGCUGCUUGGAAGAAACUGCCUUCUCUCACCCUGCCCUGGACGAUUGUGACCGGGAUCAUCACGGCGAUCUACUUCGUGUUCUGCCUCACGGGCAUCAGCCUGGUCAUCCAGGACUCGGGGACCAUCCUGGGCAUUGAGUCAGCUAUCAUCUGCAUUUAUCUCGCCAGGGCUUGUAUUUCAGUAUACUGCAUAGUGAUAGUGCACAGCCGCCACAAGCAGCUGAUGCACGAGGAGGACGAAGAGCGCUUCCAGCACUCCGGCCGGCUCUACAAGGCGGUCCUCAGGGAGGAACACGGCCUGUGAACAAUUCUAGUCAACAAUGUGCUAAAUACGUGUACUUACGCUAUGUUGUAGCAGCAUUUUACAGACUCAUCUAAGUGUUACCCAUUUUGAUGUGAUAGUUUCAUUUAUUUUUAAUGGAUAAAUUUAAAAAAAAUACGGACUAAGUGCCUAGUAAGUAAAUAAAAAAGUUGAGGUCUUGCUGUACCAAUUUGCGAACGUAAGUUGCGUUCAGCGUUCGUUUUAAGUGAAUAACAUUGUUAAUAAUUUAAAUAAAUGUUUUUGUUACACAUACUA